AUCGUGUUGGGUUUGAGGAAUUGCAUUUACAGGAAAUAACAUGUAACAUGUUGCUUAGAGUCACGUUUUUUUGUUGUUUUCUGAGAAGAUAACUCGUCUAGCACGUCACUUCGUCAAACAAGAAACAAACUGCGCUCUUUUUCUUUAGAAAUAGACCAACGGCGUUUUAACAUGUAGGCAAAUGGACUCGACGGUAUCGUCAAGUAAUCAGGAAGUAGAGACAGUCAACGGAUCAAGAAUGUAAACCCACUCCUGUCAAGGUAUAUCAUUUGCAACAAUGUGUUCGUCCGAAGACAACACUCCGGACAUUCAGUCAGCGUCCGACGGGCUGAUAUUGGAGUUGAAAUCCGCCCACCCUAUAUCCCUGGAGGGGCGCGCUGGUUGCGAGACGUGGAGCGUGGACUUCUCUCACGAUGGAUCAUGGUUUGCAUGGACCAUGGGACACGGGAUUGUGUGGGUGGUCGCCUGGCCGCUUCGGGCCAACAAGGUUGGGAUUGCCCCAGAGAGCCAUCCAAAGGACCAGUCUCUGAACUGUGGUCAGACAGUGUGGGGGCUGGCAUUUGGACCACGUCCAUCGAAGAACCAAGCACUCAAAGAUAAAGCGGCAUCCUGUGACAGAAAAUCAUCUCGACUGCUUCUGGCAACUGGCUUAGAGAACGGAGUGAUCAAGAUAUGGGAUGUUGCAACUGGUCAGCUUCGGUUUGACCUCAGAGGACAUGAGGGGAUUGCAAGGGAACUGGUUUUCACUCCCAACGGAAAGCUCACUCUUGUGUCUUCCUCUCGAGACAAAACCUUAAGGAUAUGGGAUCUAACCCAGAAAGGUAAAAAGGAGUCGCAUGUCCUCACUGGUCACAAGGAUUGGAUCAGCUGCUGUAGCAUCUCACCAGACUGCAGCAUGAUAGCGUCCGUUGGCAGGUUUGACAGAAUGGUGUGUCUGUGGAGCCUGCGGUCGUACACCUUUAUCAAGAACUUAAAGGGGACAAAUCACAAGACGUUCUACCUGUUAGCUUCCUGUGACUUCACUCCUGAUGGGGCACUGCUUGCCACCGCUGCUUUCAGCGGCUCCGGUUGGUGGAUUGAUCUGUGGGACCCAUACACUGCACAGAAACUGGCCUCACUGGUGGACUGCUGUGAGAUGUAUGGACAGAACCAGAUCUCAUCGCUGCGAUUCUCACCCGAUGGUUUGUACCUGGCUAUUGUUACGGAGGACAGAGCCCUCCAGCUUUGGGAGCUGGGAAAGAGGGGCAUGGUGAUGCAGACCAAAGAGGACCGUGCCUCCAAUGGGCUGUGCUGCAACUUCCAUCCACAUGGUGGCGUCGUUGCCACAGGGACCAGAGAUGGCCAUGUGAGAUUCUGGAAGGUGCCUAGGUCAGUACCCAGCCUGAGCCACCUGUGUCGCUCCGCUUUGCGUCUGUCAGUCUCCACCCAACAGGUGGAGGCCCUCCCUAUUCCACGCAGAAUCCUGGAGUUCCUCACCUACAGAGACAUCCCGGACCUCAUGGUAGCACGGCCUGACUGCUUCACAGAUACGACCAUAUCGUGACUUUGGGAAUGGGCAGAGAACUUGUUUUUGGACUACUUUUGCAAUCCUUUUUGAGUUGUCGAGUAUUGAUUGACUGAUGAUCAAACAGUCCAGGCACAGGAGCUUAUCUUGCCUGCUUUUAAAGUGCAUGAUGUGUUGAUGGGCCUGCUGGGUUGUUUUAGGGCUCUGAAUGGAGUGGACCGUGUGGCUCCGCUGGUAGAGCAUGGAGGGGCGGCACUCAGUUCUUGGUCAGAGCAUCUGCUAUAUGCCAUUUUAAUAUGCCACUUUUACUCUUUUCUCUAGAAAAUGCUCUACCGUGGCAAAUGUUAUAAAUGGGUUAAGCAGUCAUGUCCAAUCAGCUAGAUUUGUCUGAGGAAAUCUCUCAGGAUGCCUAAGUGAAAAUUCCCCUUAUGAUUAAAUUCAAACAUGCAAUGGCACUUUUAAAAGCCUUGAAUCCUAACAUUAUAAAAGAUAAAAUUACAAGUUUCAGAAACCUUUCUGGAAGUUGCUACCAGAAGUCUAUUUUUUGUUAGAGGUAUAUAUUGUGUAAACUGUAAUUUAUGUAUGUAUUAUUUACAAAGAUUAAAUCAACUGGAAACGUG